UUGUCUAUGAAAACAUAACCAUGGCGGGUUACGUAGGUGACGGUGACUAUUCUAAAGAAAAUAUACAAAAAUUUAACAAUGAAAGGCGAAGUAGUAAGCAAUGGGUGAAACUAAAUGUUGGAGGAACUUACUUUUUAACAACCAAAACUACCUUGUCUAGGGACCAAAACUCAUUUUUAUAUCGAUUAGUUCAAGAGGACAGUGACUUAAUUUCGGAUAGGGACGAAACCGGUGCUUAUUUAAUAGAUAGAGACCCAACAUACUUUUCGCCUGUGCUCAAUUAUCUUCGACACGGAAAAUUAGUUAUCAAUAAUGAUAUAGCCGAAGAGGGAGUCCUAGAAGAGGCUGAAUUUUAUAAUAUUACGGAGCUUAUAAGAUUAGUUAAGGAAAGAAUUUGCCUUAGAGAGCGAAGGCCACUCAAAGAUUCCAAGAAACAUGUGUACAGAGUUCUACAGUUUCACGAAGAGGAGUUGACACAAAUGGUCUCUACCAUGUCUGAUGGCUGGAAAUUUGAGCAGUUAAUCAACAUCGGGUCCCAAUAUAACUACGGUAACGACGAGCACGCAGAGUUCCUGUGCGUGGUCAGUCGAGAGUGUGGCAGUUCACUUAACAGCAAUGAUAUUGAGCCUACUGAUAGAGCAAAAGUGUUGCAGCAGAAAGGAUCGCGAAUGUGAGCAUAGUUGAUAAUGUGACAAUGCAUUUUUGAGACUUUGUUUUGUGUGGAAUGUAUAUACAAAUGUAGCGUGUUUGUUAAUUUGUUAGAUAUUAAAACUUGUUCUUUUAAUUCACUUGUUAAAAAGGCCUGAUAGACAUACGAACUUAAAGUAUGCGGGUUUUAAGUUUGCGAACUUACUCGGCUCGCGUCGGUGACACACGAGAAUCGCUCACACUGGAUUACCAUGC